AUGAAGCUUUCAACAUCAGGGAUGGGUCAGCAAGCUCAUGAAGUCGGGAGUCGUGUGGUUUACUUCCCUCAAGGUCACAGUGAGCAGGUUGCCGCCACUACUUACAAAGAAGUUGAUGUUCAUAUACCCAAUUACCCUAGCUUGUCGCCCCAAUUGAUCUGCCAGCUCCACAAUGCCACAAUGCAUGUGGGUUUCAUCUGUCAGUUGAUGAAGCAAUUGUUAAACGAUAGAAAAUUCCCAAAAAUACACCUUGACCUGCAGCGCCUAUUGCAGACUCACGAGACAAACGACAUUCUGGCAACGGCAGAUGAUAUAUGCACGAAUCUAGAUGUAGAUGUGAAGAGUGAGGUUCGGCACAUAAUAUUAUCUGUGAGCCUUUUAGUAAAUAUCAACAUAUUGGAGGGAGAGAUUCCUGCCAUGGCUUCCACUAUGGAGCAACAACAUAAGAAAACUAGGGAUCAG